UAGUCACUCGUUGUUCAUCGCCAGUAAAGGCGGCGGCUGCGAGCCGAGGGCCGAGCGGACGACACGCGGCCUCUAGGCUGGGAUGAGCUGCGGCUUCGCAGACUCAGGGCAGCGCCGGCCGAGCCAUGGCCAGCACAGUGGUAGCAGUUGGACUGACAAUUGCUGCUGCAGGAUUUGCAGGCCGAUAUGUUAUACAAGCAAUGAAGCAUAUGGAACCUCAAGUAAAACAAGCUAUUCGAAGUCUGCCAAAAACUGCCUUCAGUGGAGGCUAUUACAGAGGUGGGUUUGAACCCAAAAUGACAAAACGAGAAGCAGCUUUAAUACUAGGAAUAAGCCCUACAGCCAAUAGAGGGAAAAUUAGGGAUGCUCAUCGACGAAUCAUGCUUUUAAACCACCCAGACAAGGGAGGAUCUCCUUAUAUAGCAGCCAAAAUCAAUGAAGCUAAAGAUUUAUUAGAAAGUCAAACUAAGAAAUAAGAUUAACACACUGAUCAUUUCAAAUUUAUAUAUAUAUAUGCACAUAUAUAUAUAUAUAUCAAUUACUUUAUGUAUAGGAAUCCUAAUGUUUUAUAAUAAAUAACUUCAUAAAAGUUUUAUAAUAAAUAAUUUCUUUACUG